AUGGCUUCUCGUACGGUAAAUACACCUGCUAAUGAUGAAGAAGAUCUAGCUAAUGUUGAAGAUAUCGAACAAUUAUGUAGUCAAAUAUCAAAAUAUGAACCAUGUUUUCGUUUAUCACUUAUACAAUAUCAUCUUAGACGAUUAGGUAUUGCAUGUAAUGAUGAACGUUUUAUUAAGUUAUUAUCGUUAUCAUUUGAAACAAUGGUUCGUUCAAUUAUAUCCGAUUGUGCUACUGUAAAUAAAGACAAUAAUACAUCAUCAAAAACUCUUACAAGUGAAUUACUCACUCAAACAUUACUUAAUACAACAACAACAUCAACAGAUAAUAAUAAUCAAACAAUAACAAAUUCACAACAAAAUAAUGAUAAUACAUUAGAUUUAAACGAUUUGUUCGAUUGA